AAGAAAAGAAAAAAAAAGCAAAAAAAAACCCUAAAGAGAGUUCGUUUGGAUCUGGUUUUACAUGUAAAGUGAAGCCACGGGAAACGGAGUCGUAGAGAGAGAGAGAGAAAGAAAAGAUCGUACGAAGAAGAAGAAGAAGAAGAAGAAGAAGAAGAAGAAUCUUCCGAUCUAUAAAAAAAAACCGUAUCACUCGUCCUCGUGACAACCUCACAGUCUUUGCCUUUAUGAUUGGAAUCGUGCUUUCCUCGCGAUAAAGAGCUUCGUAAGUGUCUUCACGAUCAAAGUAGAGCCUAGAGAAAACGAUGUGGACCAAUGUCUUCAGAAUUGGGGGUCUUCAUCACGUUUCUUGGUUUCAGUUUCUUCCUAGUGAAGCUGAGCUCAAUCCCACCUCUGAUACAAGAGAUUUCAGUUCAAGAGCUGAGCAGAAUGAUGUUGCUACAUAUCUUGUACUUUCAUCUCAUCUGCGCUUGCAGAAGGAAGGCUUUCUUACCACAUGGACCAAUUCUUUCGUUGGACCUUGGGAUCCAUCUCAAGGCUUAUACAACCCUGACGAAAAGAUCAAGCUUUGGCUUUUUCUUCCUGGACGUCAUUCAUCAAUCACUGAUAAAGCUCAGGCUGCUGUCUCAAAGCUUAGAGUUGUUGCGUCAGGAAUCUGGGUAGCACCUGGGGACUCUGAGGAGAUAUCAGUUGCCUUUUCACAGUCUUUGCGUAAUUGCAUUGAAAGAGCGUUAAGUGGACUUUCCUACAUGAGAUUCGGAGACGUGUUUUCAAAAGUCAGCCCUCAAAAUGAAGAAUAUUUGAGGAGGGGUCGUCUUACUGUUGAAUUCAUAUUUGCUGCUACCGAAGAGGCAGUUUUUGUCCAUGUCAUUGUUUCUGCCAAGAAUGUCCGGACACUUUCAAGUGGCGAUGCUGAGAGGCUGUCAAGGAGUUCUUUAAAAAACUCCAGUUAUAGGCUUCCAGUGAUUGUUUCUCCUCAUGGAAUGCGGGGUAGCCUCACUGGAUUCUGUCUCAAUGACCUUGUCAAGCAAGUCUACUUCAGUUCUGGAAACUUAAGGUCUUCAAGUGGAUAUAUUGGUCUCCCUCCUCAUGUUGAUAUUGCGUCCCGUCUGAUAAAUGGCGAUCACUGUUACGUGGAAGUUACACUUGGUUGCUGCCAAAAUAUAAAUGACAACACAAGUCAAACUAAUUCAACCUUUGCGGUCAAUGUUCCCCAAACAUCAGUUGGGAGUAAAGAUCACCGGAAAGGACACCCAGAUAUAUUAUCGAAGUGUGAAAAAAGGUUCAUAUAUCCAGCUGAGGCAGUGCUUGUGCCAAUCUUACAGUCGGCAUUUGCUAAAUUUUCUUUGAAAAGAUUUUGGCUUCAAAACUGGAUAGGACCAUCACUGGCAGGCUCGUCGUUAUUUAUGCACUGGGCUGGUGAUUUUGACUUCUUUGGAGCGUCUGGAAAUAAGAGUGAUGGGUUCUAUGAAAAAAAUGGCUAUAAUAGCAGUGGCAGUAGCGGUAAUAGCAGCAUUAGUUCAACAAGUAGUGCUUCUAGCGGGAGUGGUUGGAGAAUGACUUCAAGAACUGGUGACCUUGAUGCGGAUGCAGAUUCUUUGACUUGUAAAGAUGAUCACCCAAAAUUGGGUUCCAAGCGGCCGCGAACAGGGAUGGCAGAGUCAUUCGGUCAAGUAGGCACUGCAAAUGAUCAAUUUGGUUGGGAUUGGGAUGAUGACGAUGAUGAUGAUAGAGGAGUUGGCAUGGAUAUCCAAGCACUUCUUUCAGAGUUUGGGGACUUUGGUGACUUCUUUGAGAAUGAUGCGUUACCUUUUGGGGAGCCGCCGGGAACAGCAGAGUCGCAUUCCCUCAUACUUCCUUCAGAUUCUGCUGAUGUAGGUUCGAGUCCAAUGGAUAUGAUGGAUGUAUCAGACCAGAUUGUGUUGCCCGUUGGAUUUUCGUCUUUUGAGAGCUUUAAUCCUGCUCCCCCUAUCAUUGAUGAAGGCCUUAUCAAAAGUCAAGAAGUCAUCAACAACAGUGUCACUUCAGCUUCAGCUCCUUCAAAUCAAAUGUCAAGCUCUUCUAACAGUGAGUUCGAUCAUUUGAUGAAAGCAGAAGCUAUGAUGACAUUUGCUCCUGAGUAUGGAGCUGUUGAAGCACCUAUGAGCGAGCUUUCGUCGACGUCUUUCAAAAGCCCAUAUCUUCCCAAGUCUCAUAAAGUGGAGAGUUCAAAUUCAAGAACGAGUAACUAUGUUUAUGGACCCACACCACCUGCCACUGAUUCUAAUGGAGCAGCCGAUAAGAUUUUGCUUGGAUCAAAAGCAUACAUUGGUAACAAUGAUGGCAGAACUUUGUACACUAAGGUAGAGGGCAGAAAGGACCAAUAUGAUAAGCUACCUACUUUAAUCAGUGACAACAAUAGUAAAAAGAAGGGUGUGUUUCAGUUAAAAUAUUCAAACUACAAUGCUGCUAGUGCUGUUAAGACUGUACAGGGGAAAAAGACUGACGGUAUAUCUGCUGUUGUUAGUACUUUGUUAUCUUCAAAGACCUUGCUGGCAACAGACGUGGGAAGCGUUAUGUUCCAAGCCUUCAUGUAUAGGAUGCGGCACAAAGCCAUUUCUUCGAAGCACAGUUCACCUGUUAGUCUGAGUGGGCUGAGUGGAAACUUCUUCUUGAACCAGGUGCCAAAUGGGCCUAGUAGUCUGACAGACAACGUAUCUGCAAGGAACGAGAUAUAUAAGAAAGAAGUACCUACUAGAAUAGCUGGAGAUUUCGAUGGAGGAAUGUUAGACAGCCACAUGAGUGCACCAGUUGGCGUGUGGCGGACUGUUUCAGUCCCAAAAACAGCUAAACCUGCUAGUUCGCCAAACAUUGAGGCAGGCUCAUCCUUGCCCCACAGUUCGUUUAGCGAAAACAGCUUGCUUUCUUAUGGCCAAAAGCAGCCGUUGCAGGAGCUUCUAGAUGGAAUAGCACUACUUGUACAGCAAGCUACUUCUUUCGUUGAUUUAGCUCUGGAUUCAGAUUGUGGGGAUGGACCUUAUGGCUGGCUUGCACUGGAAGAAUUGUGGAGACGGGAACUGUCGUGUGGACCCUCUGCUGGCCAUGCAGGCUGUGGGGGAACUUUGGCUUCCUGCCAUUCUCUGGACAUUGCUGGUGUCAAGCUAGUUGACCCACUCUCUGCUGAGGUUUUUCCUUCCUCUGUCAUUACACUACUGCAAUCUGACAUCAAGACAGCUCUGAAAUCCGCAUUUGGUCAGUCAGACGGGCCAUUAUAUGUCACAGAUUGGUGCAAGGGCCGAAAUCAAUCAAUGGAUGGAGUAUCUAUUUCCGAGGGAUCUACUGCUGAGUCAGUCCUGAGUGAAGUGUCAAAUGCGAUAGAUGGUGGGAAAGGAGAGGAGUCUGCUCAGAGCCAAGAUAUAUACAGUUCAGAGUUACUCCGACCUACACUUUUUGUUCUUCCAUCACCCUCUAUACUUGUCGGGUACCAAGAUGACUGGCUUAAGGUUUCAACCAACUCCUUGCCACAUUGGGAAAAGGCCCCUUUCGAGCCAUAUGCUCUGCCGAAAAAUAUGAACUAUACUGUUGUAUGUCCAGAUAUAGAUCCUUUAACCAGUGCUGCUGUUGAUUUCUUCCAACAACUUGGAACUGUUUAUGAAACGUGCAGACUGGGAACCCAUUUGCCAACGAUCCUGGGAAAUCAAAUGGAAACUGACGCUGGAAGAUUAUCCUCAUCAGGAUUUGUUCUGCUUGAUUGCCCUCAGUCGAUGAAGAUUGAAAGCAAUAACACGUCGCUUCUGGGAUCUCUCAGUGAUUAUUUUCUGUCCUUGUCGAAUGGGUGGAAUGUAAAUAGCUACCUGAAGUCUUUAUCAAAAGCGCUGAAAGGUCUUAAGCUUGGGUCUGGGCUUUACACAAACCAGAAAGAAGGGUCAGCUAGUCCAUGCAUGGUAGUGUACAUAGUGUGUCCAUUUCCAGACCCUUCGGCAGUUUUAAGGACAGUCGUUGAAUCGUCUAUAGCACUUGGAUCAGGGAUACAGCCAGACAGAGACCGGAGAUCUUUACUUAAUAGUCAGGUUGCAAGGGCCUUUGGUAGUUCUGCUGCUGUAGACGAAGCAUCAAUAUCUCACAUUCCAGUGCUUUCGGGGUUUAGCGUCCCUAAACUAGUUCUACAAGUUGUGUCUGUUGAUUCUAUUUUCCGGAUAACAAGUCCAAGCUUUAAUGAGCUUGUCAUCCUCAAGGAUACUGCCUUUUCUGUCUACAAUAAAGCUCGGAGAAUUUCAAGAGGAAUGCCUAAUGAUGCAUUUCUCUCAUCAUCAUCAUUAUCUAGCAGAUCCUCUUCAGCCUUGGCAUCAGUGAAUUCUAUCUCAGGAAUCUGGAAAGACUGCGUCAGUUCUCGAAUGACAGGUUCUACACAUCCAAGAGAUGGUGAUAUUGAUGGUAGCAUUAGAACGAGUAGUUGGGAUAGUAGCUGGCAAAUAACAAGAUCUGGAGGAUUAAGCUGCGACUCAAACAGAAACGGAGAUUUUUACAUUAAUGAUGCAAUUUUCUAUCUAUUUGAACCGCUUUUCAUCCUUUCCGAGCCUGGUUCUGUGGAUCGUGGAGUUUCACCUACUUUCGGCGGCUUAGGGUCUGAGUCUUCAAAGCCAAUACCUGAGGAUGGUGGCAGAGGUUCAGGACUUGGCGUCAAUUCAAUGGAAGGUACAAGCUCCCACGGGGAUGCAUCACAGGUUGAAGGGAAGGCUGUUCCAAGCUUACAUUGCUGCUACGGUUGGACAGAGGACUGGAGAUGGCUUGUAAGCAUCUGGACGGACGCCAGGGGUGAAUUGCUUGACACACAUAUAUUCCCCUUUGGUGGGAUUAGCAGUAGACAGGAUACGAAAGGGCUGCAGUGUCUUUUUGUUCAAGUUCUGCAGCAGGGAUGUCAGAUACUACAGGCAUGUUCCUCCCCUGAAAAUGGAUCUUUCAAACCCAGGGAUUUUGUCAUUACGCGCAUUGGGAGUUUCUUUGAGCUUGAGUACCUUGAGUGGCAAAAGGCAAUUUACACAGCUGGAGGUCCUGAGAUUAAGAAGUGGCCUAUUCAACUUCGACGUUCUGCACCUUCUGGCGUAGCCACCAAUAGCAACGGACCUUCCUUGCAACAGCAUGAUCUGAGUUUGAUUCAAGAGAGAGCCUCGUCAACUAGCACACUCUACGGUGCUCACUCAAAACCAUCCACCUUUGUGAAAGGCGGUAUGGGGCACUCUGGUGGAAGAAAGCAAACAAUGGGUGGACAAACCAUUUCUGGUACUCCAAGGGGGUUGUUUCAGUGGGUUCACAGCAUCAGUUUUGCUUCUAUUUCACUUGAUCAUUCUCUGCAUUUUGUUCUUCCGGCUGAGUUGGUAUCUCCUGGAGGUGGACAGAGCAGUACUGGUAUGAGUUCAGCAAAUUACAUUGAAGGUUUCACUCCAGUCAAGUCUCUUGGGUCAACGGCUUUUGCUUACAUGAUGAUACCAUCACCCAACAUGCGCUUUCUUCACCCAAGUCCUCUUCAGCUUCCUACAUGUUUAACUGCGGAAUCACCUCCACUUGCUCACCUCCUUCACAGCAAAGGCUGUGCAAUCCCCUUGUCUACCGGAUUUGUUGUUUCAAAAGCUGUGCCUUCCAUGAGAAAAGACUCGAGAAUAAACGUGAAAGAAGAAUGGCCAUCAGUUCUCUCUGUAAGUCUCAUAGACUAUUAUGGUGGUUAUGACAACGCUCAUGACAAAGUUCUUCAAGGAAUCAUGAAGCAAGGCGGUGGACGGACCAAAGAAACUAGAGAUUUUGAGGUUGAAAGCCAUCUAAUCCUUGAGUCAAUUGCAGCAGAACUCCAUGCUCUAUCGUGGAUGACUGUUAGUCCAGCAUAUCUGGAUAGGCGGACUGCAUUGCCGUCUCACUGUGAUGUGGUUCUCAGACUGAGUCGUCUACUUCAUUUUGCGGAUAAAGAACGCUCCAGGCUACCAGAUAAGUCAGGAGUUUGAAACAAUGCAGGAGCAUAUCACUUAAGUUGAGUAUCAAAAGAUGAGACCAAGCUUUCUGUCCUGUCCUGCACCUCCUGAGUAAUCUGUCAUGUUUAAGGCACUUAGGUUUCUUGGGCUAGUUCACCAGCGCUAUACAUUAUAAAGUAGGAAGAAGUGGUGUAGAUCUACUAGAUGUAGUCCAGGUUUUUAUUCGGGGCUUAAGAAAUCUGUAAAAAAAAAAAUUAGCAUUUACGGCUUGCUCUACUUGUUGUGAUUCACUUUAGGUGCAUAGGUUAGUUUCCUUAUAGCCCCUUUGUAUUUGUAAUUUAACUUUGUUCAUCAUUCCUCUGUAAAGUCGACACAAUAUUAUUAAUAUUGGUUUCUCAGGGAAAUAC